GAUAACUGAGUCGACAACUUGAUAUAAGUAUGGUUACUCAGACGAUAAUAGAUUUGCGCAUGUUCUCACCUGCUGAAAGGUUUGUAGUACUCUUUAAAGCACACAUUUUGAGAAUGACUAUAACGAAAUUACAUAUUGACGAUUUUGGAGAUGGAGAACAAAAGAAAAUGAAUUAUGUUGCUCAGAACCACCAGUCCGCGAGGAUCUUUCCUUUUUACGGACUGAGCUCUUGGCUCUUUGGGUCUGAGUUUUCGUCACAUCCCUCGGAACACAACAAGUUUCAAAGAGGACUUCAUUAUUUUCGCUGGAAGACCCGUGUUCCUCCGCCCGCAGGAAUUUUUGAGACAAGUCAGGGAGAGGUUUGCGGUGAGUCUGGCACUAAUAUCACUGCAGGUCGCGCGUUUUUCCGCGCGAGGGAAAAGUCUGGCAUUGCUAAACCCCUUGUAGAUCUCUCGCAGGUUCGCGCAGCCCAAGGCCUCCGGUUACGCUGUAUUGACCACACCACAUAAAAUUGCGAAUCGACCGCUUUCAAGGACCCUAACACCGCAAGAAAUAGAACGUUCCUAUCUAGUUUUCGACCGAAAGUGGAACUGAGAUGUAAAGAAUCCCCACUUUCUCUUAAAACACGGCAACAUCAGAGGAACUCCUUGUUUAUGUAAGGCUUAAGGUUGUUCCAAUGGUGACGUCACCCUCGUCCCCAGGGCUCUCUCUUUUCACGGAACCCGGAAACAGGUUGUUGUGUACUCUUCACUUACUCUCGGUUUGAAACAGUCUCAUGCUCGCUUGGAGCAUGGAAAAUACAGCUAAUUAAGACGACUUAUAAGCUGACACAUUUCAAACCCCCCUUAUUUAACAAGGAAACAUCAUUACUUGUGCAGACAUGUCAGAAGCCUGAUCGUGAUGUCCGAGCAGAGCGGUAUGUCAGAUGUUCCAGCAGAAACUAAUGAUCUUUGUUUAUCAGUGCCAUUUGUAGUAGAGGAAUGGGAUGAGAAAGCUAACCUCUCCCCACAUCAUUUGUCUUACAUCAUCACCAUUCUUCUGCCCCAGCGACUGGUAACUUUAGAGCGAGACAUUGACAUAGAAUCACAGCUCAAAGCAUUUUGUGAAAAGAAACACAUAAAUAAUGCAAUACCCGUUGGCAGUUCAACAGAAGGCUUUAGUAUUCCUUAUUCUAUGUCGUAUGAAGUAGAUUCUCAUCUUGGCACUUAUGUUGAUGCAGAUGUACUGUUUGUUGAGAAUGAUUUCCAGAUAUCCACAAAUGAUCCAAUCCAAGAUGUGGAUGCCCAAGCCAUAUUAGAAUCUGAUGAUGUUCAUCCAGGUUAUUGCAGAGUGAGGCUACUAAAGCACAGUGAGGAUCGAAAAGAUGUUGUGACUUGCAAUGAUAAAAAAUACCUGAGCGGACACCGAAUUCAGAACUCAGUUCUCAAGAAGAUGACCAGUGGAAGAUCUAGAGAUGACCAAACAUCCAUUGGUAUUCAUGGUCCAGCAGUGUCAGUUGAGUAUUCCACUGUCUUAAAUGCUGACAAUAUACAAACCUAUGGUGUUAGGAUUCCGCUUGACAUGGUUUAUGCAGUUCAGGUCAAGCAGUGGCCCCCAGAGGCAACUGAAUGGGUCCAAAGAGUGAAAAAAGGAAACUGGCUUGGAGAUGAUUUGAUUGAAUCCAUUGUGUCAGAGGGAUGCCAUGUUGUGCCAGUUGCACACAAGCACAGCCUAAAUCCAGACAUAGAAUGGAGAAUUUCUUUUGCAGCUACAGAAAAAAGAAUGGCAAGGAAUGCUGUAACUGAUGGUCAACGUCAAUGUUAUAUCUAUUUCAAAAUGCUGCGGCACCUUUGUCUCAAAGAUUUGGAGGUGAUUUCUUCAUACUGUUUGAAGACUGUGUUUUUCUAUGCUUGUGAGGUUGUUCCAAAGGCCCUCUGGGAGACUCAUACUGGACAGUGCUUGCUGUACCUGAUUGAUAGUUUGAUUUGUUGUGUUCAACAAAGAAACAUCCCAAGCUUUUUUGUACCAGGCAAUAAUCUCGUAGAUAAUGUGCCAGAGGAGAAAUGGAAAGAUGUGGAGUCAAGGCUCCUUGAAAUAAGGAAAGAUCCCAUAACACCAAUUUUGAAGUUUACAGACACAAAUGCUAUCAGCAAUACAGAGAUCCCCUUUGUUUUUCGAAAAAAUGUUGCAUUUGUUUUGGAAGACAUGGAAAAGUUCAAAGUCCACAGAGACAUUAGAAGUUCUGCAUUUGAUGCGUUUUUCACAACCACCUUUAGAAUGAGUCUGCUGUACUUAAACCAAGGUCAACCAAAAAGUGCUGUUCAGAUUUUGAUGGAUUCAUAUCCUAUGCUUAACCAUUUCCUUGGACCCAUGCCACUUGUUUACUUUCUAAAUGAAGCUGCAAUCCUGAUCCAAGAUGGCCGGCUUUACCUUCUUUUAUUUCAAGAGCUCCUUGGAAUGACUGACCAACAUCCUGAUUUUAAGCUGCUAGAGGGAAAUCUGGCUUGUGCAUACCAUGCAGCCUCUUACACCUAUCCUGAGGAAUCUUCAGAGAGAGCUGAAUAUCUUCAGAAGGCAGAAGAACUUGUUCUGGAAGAAUUGAAAUCUCAAGACCUUGGUUCUUGUGGAACUCAGGUCACAUUUGCCACCAUUCUGAUGUCACAGAAAAGAUAUAAAGAAGCAAUACAAAUCCUUGAAACUGUUGUGAAUGUAGUCAGCAAAAGUGCUCAGGAAGAAAUUCAAAGUGAUGUGACAGAAUUUGGAUUCAGCGAACAGAAAGUGCUUGAUGAAGAUUUGCAAUUGGAAAUUUCAACUCAUAUGAAAAUAGAAGGGCCAUCCUUAAUCUUCACAUUUUAUUUUCUGGUCAGAUGUUUAGUACAAGAAGAUGAAGUUACAAAAUUAAAGUCUAUUUUUGAAGAAUAUCAGAAGGUGUGUGACCUGUGUGAAGAUAUCACUGGAUAUAAACUUCUUGGUUAUAGCUACUAUCAAGUAGGAGACAAGCACAAAGCAAAAGAAGCUUUCAUGUCUGCUUUGCAGAAAAUGCCAGGAAGCAAACUUCUGAUAUCAAACAUUAAAAAAUGUUCAGAUUUACCCUUGGACCCUGAGAGUUACUAACAUCCAAUUUCUUCUUCAACAUUACACCUGAGUCAAACAUUAAGGUCAGGAUAAUAGAGGAAAUGAUCACAUACU